AGUGUCACAUGUGUCAACCAACCCUUCAGGGUCGUGUUGAACGAACGCUCAGCAUCGUUUAGCUAAAUAAUGCAUCGAAAAGCGAGUAGAAAUGUUUGUCCAAGCGUUAACUGACUGCUUGUACGUGUGACUUAUAGAUGCUGGUUGUUUUAGAUAUCGACUGACGUUUUUUAUUAUGAAUACGGCCCCUCUGAAGCUCAGGUGCUUUACGUUUCUGUUUGUGAAAGGCAGAGCUCUCCCUGCUGCUGCUGCUGCUCCGCCGCUCGCACGCAGGGAUUCUCGGACUGUUUUACAGUUUUUCCGAACAAUGGCGACUAAUAAUAAUAAUAAUAAUAAUAAUUCUAAAGAUUAUGAUAAUAACUCGGGGAGCAGACAGCUGCUGGGUCCGAGGAAAGGCAGACAGAAGGAGCCGCUGCGGAAACUGAAAAGCAAAGAGAUCCGGACUGAACGAGGAGACGUUCACGGACCAUCCACGGUGUACCUGCAGGUGAUCGGCGCUGGAAGCAGAGAUAAUGCUGCGUCACUUUAUGUUUUCUCCGAGUUUAACAGGUACCUGUUCAACUGUGGUGAAGGGACACAGAGACUCAUGCAGGAGUACAAACUUAAAGCUGCUCGCUUGGACAACAUCUUCCUGACCAGACUGAACUGGGAGAAUGUGGGAGGUUUAUCCGGGAUGAUAUUAACUUUGAGGGACAUCGGCGUUCCUGAGUGUGUCCUCUCUGGACCUCCACAGCUGGAGAAUUAUGUGGAAGCCAUCAAGUCAUUUUCUGGACCACUGGAAGACAUUAAGCUGUCGGUCCGACCGUACACCGAGGAGGCUUACACAGAUGAAACAAUGACAGUUUAUCAGGUUCCAAUAUUUGCUCAGUCGAGGGAUCACGGUAAGAAGCUCUCCCCGAGGACGAGCAGCCCCUCUCGAAGUCCUGCCUCAAAGAAAGACAACAUUCACCUCAACAGCUGCGGAGACAAUCCAAGAAGUCCAGGUGAAAGACAAAAAGCAACUAGAGAUGCGUCAUUGGUGGUUACCUUUAUAUGCAAGCUUCACCCUAAGAAGGGAAAUUUCUUGGUCCCUCAGGCCAGGGAGCUUGGACUGCCUGUAGGCACGGCAGCCAUCGGUCCAUUGAUCAAAACUCUGAAGGCCGGGCAAAGCAUCACGUUCGAAGGGAAAGAGAUCCGACCCGAGCAGGUUUGUACUCCCACUUACCCGGGACCAGCCUUCAUUGUUGUCCAGUGUCCGUCUGAGGAGUUUGUCAAACCCGUUUGCACCAAUUCCCAACUGAGAAGGUACCAAGCAGGAGGGACGGAGGACCCUGCUGUGUUGGUGGUCCACAUGACCCCAGAGUCUGUUUUGAAAACAGAUCAAUACAAAGAGUGGAUGGAGAGGUUUCCACGCACCACACAACACCUGAUCCUUAACGAACAAGUCUGCACAGUCCACAACAUCAGGAGUCACAAGAUUCAGGCCCAGCUGAACAUGAUUCACCCCGAGAUCUUUCCAGAACUCAGGACUUACAAAACAACGGAGCCUCAGGCUGCCCUGCACGUACCCAGCGUCAGAGCCGAGUGUCUGCUCAAGUUCCAGUUCAGACCCGUAAUGGAGUGGCAAAGAGAUGCCAUCCCCUCCUGCAACGCUGAGGAGUUUGUGAAAGAAGCUUCUGAGGUCCCAAACUUUCUGGAGGAAGUGGACAAGUGCAGGAAGACUCUCUCCGCUGACGCCGCAGAGGUUUCCGGGCAAGAAAAAAAAUACCCAGAGGUGGUUUUCUUGGGAACAGGAUCAGCACUUCCAAUGAAAAUCAGAAACGUCAGUGGCACUUUAGUUAAUAUCAGCCCGAGUCAGUCGGUUCUGUUGGACUGUGGAGAGGGAACCUUCGGGCAGCUCUGCAGACACUACGGCGACGAUGUGGACGAUGCUCUGUCCAAGAUAUCGACUGUCUUCAUCUCACACUUGCAUGCUGACCACCACACAGGGCUGCUGAAAGUGCUGUACCAGAGGGAAAGAGCGAUGACGACGUUAGGGAAGGCGUUUAGCCCCGUCUACCUGAUUGCCCCGGUACAGAUCAUGACCUGGCUCAACCAGUAUCAUGACCACUGCGAGGAAAUUCUGAGCCACAUCAAUCUGGUCCCUAACGCAUUUCUGUGUGGAAACACUGAGGCGCCCACAGAGUGGACGAAGUCGCUGAUCACGGCGAUGCUGAAAGAGAAUGGUCUGAGGAAGUUCCAGACGUGCGUGGUGCAUCACUGUAAGAACGCCUUCGCCUGCAGCUUCACUCAUCAGUCAGGCUGGAAACUUGCCUUUUCCGGCGACACCAUGCCCUGCGAUAGAUUUGUACACAUCGGAAAGAAUUCCACCUUACUGAUACACGAGGCCACGCUGGAAGAUGGGCUGGAGAAGGAAGCUGUGGAGAAGAGGCACAGCACAACUUCCCAGGCCAUCGGCAUCGGCAUGAGUAUGAACGCCGAGUUCAUCAUGCUGAACCACUUCAGCCAACGUUACGCCAAGAUCCCGCUCUUCAGUGAAGACUUCAGCGACAAAGUGGGAAUAUCAUUCGACCACAUGAGAAUUCACUUUGGAGACUUUAAAAUCCUCCCCAGACUCAUUCCUGCACUUAAAGCCCUCUUUGCCGAGGAGAUCGAAGGGAUGGAGGAGAGAAGAGAGAAGAGGGAGCUGAGACAUCUGGGAGGGAGCAGCGAUCAGAGGACGACCGGAGCCGCGGAGGAGAUCCGAGGCGCCAAACGAGACCAGGAGGAGGCAGCGACGCACGAUGUAGAAACCAAGAGACAAAAAACCUCCUUCAGCAACUUCUAUUAAAACAUGAGCUCAGAGAAAAGGACUUUAACUGAGAUCAUCCUGAGCUAUUUUAUUUAAAUGAACCUGAGAUUUUUAUUUGGCUGGUGUGGUUUGAUGUUUCUUUCGUUGCAGUGUAGCUAAGCUGCGAGUUUAGUUUUUUGUUUUUGAUUAAACUGAAUAAAGCAGUGCCACACAGUC